CUUUCUUUGCCCCAAGUCCAGUCUCCUUCAUUCACUUUUUACAUCUCGGAUAAAAUACGUUCUUAUACAUACAUCAACCUUUUCCUCCUUUUCUGUUGUCUCUCGUCACAGUAAUCAUGAAUUGCAAAGGGGCGUCAAUGGCGGCCUUUCUUCUGGUGGCAAAUUUUGGAGCAACUCUUGUCGAGGCAGGAGUGCUCUAUGUGCCCUCUACGGGUAAUCAUGGGCAGAGUACAGUAACUGCAAGAUCGGAAGAUGGGGAAAAAGAUUCCAAUGGAGCGAUCACUGGCGGCGUAGUAGGAGGAGUUGUUGGUCUUCUGGCCCUCAGUGUCCUCUUAUGGUCCUUCUACGCUCGACAAACCAGAAACACACCUGUGGCAAACACAAACACCUCUGCUACCACGGACUCUGAGUUGGAGCAAUUACCUAAAUACCAACAGUUUGAUCCGAAUCAGGCUAGCAAAGACAAUUAUCCAGGACCCAGCGCACCCGAGAUGAAGGUUGGGGACGGGUCUCCCGACCUGCCCGAGUAUACUCCAGACCCUCCCCAACGAUCAGAAGAAUCUGUGGUUCCACCGACAGAUUCCAUUCCCGAACCGAAGACGCCCGUUGGUAACGCUUCAACGGCACAGGUCAAUCAUGCAUAAUUGAGGUUAUGGAAAUGGAUCAACUACACGAGGCUUGGGGCGUUCAAUGGUUACAUAUUCGCACUAAAAUAUGAGCGAGGGUUACGUGGUGAUAUGUGGGCUAGAUCAAUGUUCAUUACUUUAACAUCGGUUAAUCUAUUAGUAUGUAU